AUGACUUCUAAGGGCCCAAGUAUAGCUCCUAGGCUGCAUAGUUUAGCUCCAUCGCCUAUAGCUAUUGCUAAUACACCACCUUCUGCGGACAGCCCACCGCAGUUUUUGCGGACAGGGGCACCUCAAGCGAAAAAAGGGUCACCAGGAGAUACUUCUGGCGGAUCGGGAGUAACGCAGAUAAUAACGUCCAAAGAAUGGGUUUUACCCCCUAGACCUAAACCGGGAAGAAAGCCCAGUAUCGAUACACCAGCUUCGAAACGGAAGGCACAGAAUAGAGCUGCCCAAAGAGCAUUUAGAGAAAGGCGAGCAGGACGAGUCCAAGAGUUGGAGGAGAAGUUAUUGGAGGUGGAGAAGGAAAGAGAUGUCAAGGAAAUGGGAUUGGUUAAUACCAUUAAUAAGUUGAAAGUGGAAAAUCAGUUUUUACUUAAAAGUAUAGAUCAAUUGAGGAACGACAUGAAUGCACUCAAAAGUGCGAAUGGUGGCAAUAGCCAAGUGGGUAUGCAACAGAAUACAAUGCCUUCGCAAUAUAACACUAUAUCUCACUUCAAGUCUAACCCAUCGCCGAAUAGCCGUUCUACGGGGUCGCCAUCGGGGUCCUCGUCGUAUUCUGUGCAACAGAUAUCGCCAGCACCUUCCGCUGACUCUCCUCCAGUAUUUACCAAUGUUUCCGCAUACCAUAGUUUGUCAACACCCGCUUCGAAUAAUAACUCACCGGACAAGCGAGUGGUGAAUAAUGCCACCUCGAGUUCGUUCGAUUGCGGCGUGUGUGUUAAAGAAGAAUGUCUCUGUGAGACUGUGGGAUUAAAAGAUCCUGAGCCAGCAAAGAAAAUAUCAUUGGAAGAGACAAUCAAGGAAUUCAAGCCAAUGCCUGCUGUAUCGUUACGUAAUAGAAAAAGAAAAUUGACUGACCUGGUGUCUAAGGAGAUCGAUUUCACUAAGAAGUUCUCAACUGGUAAACCAAUGCCAGACUUGAAAAAAUUAAAGAAACAAUAUAAUAAUAACGCUAUGCUUGCUAAGAACAAACAUGUUUCUGAGCCAGCCUCACAAUUUGACGAAUCAUCUCCGGUUGACAAUUGUGGAUUCUGUAGCGAUGAUACCCCAUGUGUGUGCCGUGAAGCCGCCAAGGAAGCUGCAAGAUUCAAUGACACAUUAAAUGAAGCCCAUGAGGAAAAUAAUGAUACGGCAACGUCUUUACCACCAAUCCAAUUGAAUUCAAACAAUUUCCGUAAGAGUUCUUUACCAGUCAUGCAUCCAGGUCCUUCGGUAGAGAUUCGUGAUAUAACAAACUUAUCUCCAGGAGCAGUUCCAACUGUUGUUGCUUCAACUACAAGAGCGAAUUCCUCUGUUUUCUCGAAUGAGACUCCUGAUAAGGAAUUCUCUCCAGCUCCUGAAAAGAAAACUGGUGGCUGCACAGGUAAUCCAGGGACUUGUGAACAAUGUCAGAUGGAUCCGAUGUCUACUCUAUUUUGUACGACUGUUGCAAACAAAGAAAAGGAUGAAGAAAAAUCUAGAUCCAACUCUACUGACGCAGAUUCAAAGUCUCCAGCAUCUCUGAAAGAAUCAAAUACUUCUCAGAUAUCAAGACUGAGCUCAAAGACCAGCUUACCAUCAAUCUCUGUCUCCAAUUCUACCAGUUCUACUUCAUCAGAGAGAAGUGAUAUAUUUAUCCCUUGCUCUGAUGCGUAUCGUACUUUGUCUAGACACAAAAAGUUUAACUCGGUUGAUUUCAGCACUUUGGUUGGGAAAUUAACUACUAGAGGAAUGCAGGUAGAGGUCCAAUCUGUCGCUAAUGUUCUUCGUGAAUUAGAUAGAAGGGUUUACAACUAG